AAAAGAAAGAAAAAGAAAAGUUCUAAAAGAAACACUGGUGGCUGUGAUGAGGAGAGACAGGAAGGGACAGGUGCAUGCGCCAGGGCGUCAAGAGAGCAGGUUGAGGACAGGGGGGAGAUUGCGAGAUUCUGUGUGUAUUCUCAUGCAUCUACGAUGGAUUGAAUGUGGACUAGAGGGAGAGAAGAAUCAAAGUUGAGGUCGGGGCUGGGGCUGUAGGUUAGUGGUAGAGCAUUUGCUUAGCAUCACGAGGUUCUUUCCCUCAUCCUCGGUGCCACCUGUCUGUCUCCUCCAAAGAAAAAAUCGGACUCCUGGUACAUUCGAUUUGAGCCACGAAAGGUUGUCAUUUGCUGAGAUGUAAAAACUGAGAGAGUAGUGGGGAAGUCAAAAUAGUAGGCAUUUGGACUCAGGGUCCUGAAGUCUCCCAAGGGAGAUGGCAAGGAGGCUGCAGGAAACAAAGCUGGAGUCUGACAGGCCCCAGGGUUCACCCUGGGAGCCAGGAGACUGAUGAGUGGCCGGGGUGGGAAGGAUCCGGGUGCCUCCUGAGCGAAGCAUGUUUCUGCAGGGCUCAGCGUGAACAAGAGCACAGAGUGCUAGAGCAGAGGCAGGGGGCUGGCAGGAUGGCGAGAGGAAAGGGGCAGGCAAGAGCAAUGGCCGCUCUGGCUGCUGGUCCACAGCUGGUGUCUCAUUUGAUUCCCACUUUCCCAGCUGAGGGACUGUGCUCAGAGGAGCUCGGUGGCUGGUGGUGAGGUAACAGCAGGCCAGAGCACUCACAGGACUCCCCUUGCCCCUGUCCCUUCCCACUCACAGGCAUUAGCCAAAUGUCCUUCAUGUGCCAGCUAUUCUACCAGCCCCUGGGGAGAUGAUCUGACAUGGCUUCUCAGUUUACAGUCUGCUAGGGAAACAUCCCGGUCUCAGAGCUCAGUGUUUCCCCGCUGUGGGGCAGAUGAGGUGGCUGUCCACCUGAGAAGUCCUGUCACAAAUACAAAGGUUGGCCGCCUCCAGCUGUGGGCCUUCAGCUAGCUGGACCUGAGGUUUCCAGCCAGGGAUAGAUUGCCUUGCUGGCCACAGGCAGUCCUGAUGCAGGAGAGCCCAUGGAGCCGACCACAGGGCUGUGUUUGGCUAUGGAGCUUCCUGCCCUUCUAUGGUCUUGCCUGACAGACUUGUUUUAUGCCUGAAGCCUUCCUCUGCCAGCUCCUACUUGGGUCCCCCUGUUAUUCAUGGGGUACCUUCAGCAAAGCCCCUUGCCUCAGCUUCCUGGGAGAUCCAUCCAAUAGUAGAGUCUCAGGCUUCAUGACUCCUCCCUCCUGAGCUACUCCCCUGUUGCAGCCUGAGUCUUCCCACAUGAAGAGCUUUAGUGCAACCAAUGCUUUGGAUGCAAGUGGUGGUUAAGGCUCUCUUCCCAGACAGCCCCCGGUAGGAGCAUGGAUUUCAGUGGGGGCACUCCUGGGUCCCCUGCAGGGUUUCUUGGAGAAAGCAAGGACAUGCAUUUUAAAAUAUGCUGAAAGAGAAAGUGGCGUGAGCCCAGAUCAGGCUAAGGAAGUACCGUGCUAUGCGAUAAGUAGUCUGGAGGCCAUGUGAGGGGCAAUGGCUGAGGUAGGUGGGAGGAGCAUGGAAGCCACCUCAGCCAGCUGCCCCCGGAACGUCGCUGUUUGUACAGAGUUAUUGAGUGAGCAGGACUCUUCUAGGUAUAUAUAUGUUGGCGAAGACCUUCUAGAAUUCAAAGUGGCCUCGGCCAAGAUGGGACUUGAGACCGGGAAAAAGGUGAAUGACUAACUAUGAUCUGUAUGUCUUUUACAGAAAGGAAGGCAGAGGAAGCCACGGCCACUAGACCCUGGCGAGGGCUCUAAGGACACAGAUAGCUCUGCAGGGCGUAGGAGCAGUGCCGGUAAAAGGCAUGGGCGCUGGCGGGGCCGUGCUGGUGCUGAGAGCCCAGGCAUGCCUGUGGCCAAGGUGGUGCGGGCAGUAACCAGCCGCCAAAGAGCUAGCCGUCGGGUCCCGCCACCCCCACCUCCAGAGGCACCCGGCCGCCAGAACCUGAGUGGAGCAGCAGCUGGGGAGGCACUGAUGGGGGCUGCUGGCUUCCCACCACAUGGAGACACAGGGAGUGUGGAGGGGGCCCCCCAGCCUACGGACAACAGCUUCACUCCUAAGUGCGAGAUUGUGGGCAAGGAUGCACUGUCAGCACUGGCCCGGGCCAGCACCAAGCAGUGCCAACAGGAGAUCGCCAACGUAGUGUGCCUGCACCAAGCUGGGAGCCUCAUGCCCAAGACUGUGCCCCGGCACUGCCAGCUGGCUGGCAAGAUGAGCCCUGGCAUCCAGUGGGAAGAGACUCGGGCCCAGCAGCCUGUUGGUGGCCCUCCAGUCCGCAUUGCCUACAUGCUGGUGGUUCAUGGCCGUGCCAUCCGCCAGCUCAAGCGUCUUCUCAAGGCUGUCUACCAUGAGCAGCACUUCUUUUAUAUCCACGUGGAUAAGCGGUCCAACUACCUGUACCGGGAGGUGGUGGAGCUGGCCCAGCACUAUGAUAAUGUGCGGGUGACUCCUUGGCGCAUGGUCACCAUCUGGGGCGGGGCCAGCCUUCUGAGGAUGUACCUGCGGAGCAUGAAGGACCUGCUGGAAAUCCCUGGCUGGGCCUGGGACUUCUUCAUCAACCUGAGUGCCACCGACUAUCCAACCAGGACAAAUGAGGAGCUGGUGGCAUUCUUAUCCAAGAACCGGGACAAGAAUUUCCUCAAGUCACAUGGGCGAGACAAUUCCAGGUUCAUCAAGAAGCAAGGCCUGGACCGGCUUUUCCAUGAGUGUGAUUCCCACAUGUGGCGCCUGGGUGAACGGCAGAUCCCAGCAGGCAUCGUGGUGGAUGGCGGCUCUGACUGGUUUGUGCUGACACGCAGCUUUGUGGAAUAUGUGGUGUACACAGACGAUCCCCUUGUGGCCCAGCUUCGCCAGUUCUAUACCUACACAUUGCUUCCCGCCGAGUCCUUCUUCCACACAGUGCUGGAGAAUAGCCCGGCCUGUGAGAGCCUUGUGGACAACAACUUGCGUGUCACCAACUGGAACCGUAAGCUGGGCUGCAAAUGCCAGUACAAGCAUAUCGUGGACUGGUGUGGCUGCUCUCCCAACGACUUCAAGCCGCAAGACUUCCUGCGGCUUCAGCAAGUCUCCAGACCCACCUUCUUUGCCCGGAAGUUUGAGUCAACUGUGAAUCAGGAAGUCCUAGAAAUUUUGGACUUCCACCUGUAUGGCAGCUACCCACCCAGCACCCCAGCCCUCAAGGCCUACUGGGAGAGCACCUAUGACAUGGCUGAUGGCCCUGGUGGACUCAGCGAUGUCUUACUCACCGCUUACACAGCCUUUGCCCGUCUCAGUCUGCGUCAUGCUGCCACUGCUGUACCCCCACAGGCCACUGCACUCUGCAGGUUUGAGCCCAGGGGGUUGCCGUCCAGCGUGCACCUGUAUUUCUAUGACGACCAUUUCCAGGGCUACCUGGUGACGCAGGCGGUGCAGCCCUCAGCCCAGGGGCCAGCAGAGACGCUUGAGAUGUGGCUGAUGCCCCAGGGGUCGCUGAAACUGUUGGGGCGCAGUGACCAGGCCAGCCGGCUUCAGAGUCUGGAGGUGGGACAGGUUGGCACUGAGUGGGACCCCAAAGAACGUCUUUUCCGGAAUUUUGGGGGCCUGCUGGGACCCCUGGAUGAGCCUGUAGCCAUGCAACGCUGGGCCCGGGGCCCCAACCUCACAGCCACUGUGGUCUGGAUUGACCCCACCUAUGUCGUGGCCACGUCAUAUGACAUCACGGUAGAUGCGGACACUGAGGUCACGCAGUACAAGCCUCCACUGAGCCGGCCGCUGCGGCCAGGAGCCUGGACUGUUCGCUUGCUUCAGUUCUGGGAACCCCUGGGUGAGACCCGCUUCCUUGUGCUGCCGUUGACCUUCAACCGCAAACUACCUCUCAGGAAAGAUGAUGCCAGCUGGCUGCACGCGGGACCACCCCACAACGAAUACAUGGAGCAGAGUUUCCAGGGCCUAAGUGGCAUCCUGAACCUGCCGCAGCCAGAGACCAUGGAGGAGGCUGCCAAGAGGCGCACAGAGCUCACGGGUCCUGCACUUGAGGCCUGGACAGAUGGGGAGCUGAGUAGCUUCUGGUCUGUGGCAGGAUUGUGUGCCACAGGCCCCUCUGCUUGUCCCUCCCUGGAGCUCUGCAGACUGACGAGCUGGAGCUCUCUAUCUCCUGACCCUAAAUCAGAGCUGGGGCCUGUCAAAGCUGAUGGGCGACUCAGGUAGCAGGGCCCCAGCCGGCACAACCCGGAGGAGCCGGGGAAUUGCACCUUAUCGACAACGGAGGGACAUCUCUCCCACAGACAAGAACCAGAGGCCCAGGCAGUGUGCCCGUGUGAGCCAUCAGGAACCUGCACUGAGGGCAGGGCUGGUGGGUGUAGUGCUCACUACUGCUAAUGGCCCUGCAAGAGGUCAGAGGUCCACCGGAACCAUGAGGGGGGCGCUUCCUCUGCCCCUCUCUAGUUUGUACUUUUUUAAAAUUUAAAAUGAGUGACAGGGGGAGGAAGAUGUGCAAUAGGGCUCAGAGCAGGCCCAGGAAGUGGGCUGUGGCCAUGGGAGCACACCAAGCCCAUCUACUCCUGCUCUGGAGAGGCUUUGUCUGCCUCACCCUCCAGAGCCUCCAUCCCCAGCCUGGGCCGACGGGUUCCCAGCUGAGGGUCUUGAGAGGCACAGGUGUCCCAUGAGGCUCCGAGGCCAGGAGCACAGGUGAUUCGGGGGCUCCUGUGGAGCUGGGCUCCUGUGGGACAGCUGCUCGCUCAUCUGGUAGCCAGGAGACCCUAGGGUAGGGGUGGGGCUGGCUCUCAGGCUUUCCAGCACACCCUGCCCUAGUAAAUACAGGGCGUCAGAGCCUGCUGAGAUCUGUGUGGUUUCCCACGUGUGUCCUGGAGGAGGGAGCCCCACUGGCAGCGCGGGAAGACUGUCAGGGCGCUCAGAAGAACUGGGAGUCGCUUUGUGCCUGAAGCUCAGUGUGAAGUCUGAAAUAUGCAACAGAGGAAAUAUAUCUCUAUCUCUCCACACUGAA